GUCUCAAAUCUCUGAAGUGGUGGAGACUACUAAGCCCAGAUGCACAAGAAGCUGUGGCAUGGAGACUCAGAGAAGCAGUGGCAAGACUGUGAGGUACAUUGUCAUCUGACCCAAGACUAUGUACAUGUGGGACAUGGGCAGGCUGGCUUUCUGGUCCAUGGAGGCAAAGACCAAAGCACCCUGUGACUGAGAGACUGAAAAUCAGAGAGACUUGGCUGCUUGCUGAGGAGAGAGAUAAUUCAAAAAUGGCGGAACUAUUUAUGGAAUGUGAAGAAGAAGAGCUGGAACCCUGGCAGAAGAAAGUAAAAGAAGUUGAAGAUGAUGACGACGAUGAACCAAUCUUCGUUGGGGAGAUAACCAGUUCAAAACCAGCAAUUUCAAAUAUUUUGAACAGAGUUAACCCCAGCUCAUACUCAAGGGGAAUAAAGAAUGGCGCACUUGGUCGAGGUGUUACUCCUGCAUUCAAGCCUACAAAUCAACACUUCACCAACCAAACAUCAAAUCCAGUGACUGCCUCACCAGUAAAUUUUCAAAUGGAGUCUCGAUCUUCAGCUAGUUCUGUUAUUGUUCAGCCUUUGUCUAAGCCUGGAUUUAUUAUGAACUCAUCACGAGUUGUAUCUAAAAAUUCUUCUGAGUUACUGUUUGACUUGACCCAGGAUACAGCAGUAGCACAUUAUCAAGGGGGACCAGCACUUUCUAUAGCAGGUAUAAAUGAAAGUUCCUUUUUAUCAAAGCGCCCCUCUACUUGUGAAGUAAAUAGUGCUAUCUCAAAAAAGCCUAAACCUAGUGAAGGUGUUUCGGGAACAAGUUCUUCAGCCACAUUUUCUUCGAUAAAUUCCAAUUCACUGACAUCUCCUCAGGAAGUGCCAUCAAAAGGUAUCAACACCUCACCAAAUCAAUCUAAAACUGCAACGCCUUUUCCAAAAGCUUGUCCAAAGUGCAACAUUCAUUUUAAUCUUCUGGAUCCUUUGAGAAAUCACAUGAAGUAUUGUUGCCCAGACAUGAUAAAUAACUUUUUGGGAUUGGCUAAAACAGAAUUUUCAAGUACAACAAAUACAAAUACAACUAUUGAUUCAGAGAAAGGAAAAUUGAUCAUGUUAGUUAAUGACUUUUAUUAUGGAAAACAUGAAGGAGAUGUCCAGGAAGAACAGAAGACUCACACAACCUUUAAAUGCUUCAGUUGCUUGAAAAUUCUUAAAAAUAAUAUUAGGUUUAUGAACCACAUGAAACACCAUUUGGAGCUUGAGAAGCAGAGCAGCGAGAGCUGGGAAAACCACACCACCUGCCAGCACUGCUACCGCCAGUUUCCCACACCAUUUCAGCUGCAGUGUCACAUCGAAAGUACACACACCCCCCAUGAAUUUUCUACUAUUUGUAAAAUCUGUGAAUUAUCAUUUGAAACAGAACAUGUUCUUUUACAACAUAUGAAGGACAAUCAUAAACCCGGUGAAAUGCCAUAUAUUUGCCAGGUGUGCAAUUAUAGAUCAUCAUCAUUUUCUGAUGUGGAAAUUCAUUUUAGAACAUCCCAUGAAAACACUAAAAACUUGCUAUGUCCAUUUUGCCUCAAAGUUAUUAAAAUUGCAACACCUUACAUGCACCAUUACAUGAAGCACCAGAAAAAGGGAAUACAUCGUUGCACAAAAUGCAGGCUGCAAUUUUUGACAGGCAAAGAGAAAAUGGAUCACAAGACUCAGCAUCAUCGAACAUUUAUAAAGCCUAAACAACUAGAAGGAUUGCCUCCUGGGACAAAAGUUACUAUUCGGGCUUCAGUUGGAGCUCCUCCAUCAGGAUCGUCAUUUACACCUUCUAUUAGUGCAAGCACUUCUACCCUUCAGCUCUCACCAGCAAGGACUAAAAAUUUAACUGCUAAGAAUCCCACAAAAUCUAUUAUAAAUAAACCUAGUGCAACUAAAUUCAAUGCAAGUAAACCUAAUGGAAGUAAAUCUAAAUGCAAACCAAAAAUUUCUAAUGUGCAAAAGAAACAAAACACAUUGGCUAGUAGCAAUAAAAAAAGUAAAGUCAAUACAGCAUUGAGGAAUUUAAGGUAUCGUCGGGGAGUUCACGAGUGCAUUGAGUGUUCUUCUGAAAUAAAAGAUUUUGCAAACCACUUUCCUACAUAUGUCCACUGUAGUUUUUGCAGAUACAACACUAGCUGUAGCAAAGCAUAUGUAAAUCAUAUGAUGAGCUUUCAUAGUAACCGUCCAAGUAAAAGGUUUUGCAUUUUUAAGAAGCAUUCAGAAAAUCUCAGGGGCAUUACUAUAGUGUGCCUUAAUUGUGAUUUCCUAACUGAUGUUUCUGGCUUAGAUAAUAUGGCUACCCACUUAUGUCAACAUGAAACGCACAUGUGCCAAGUUGUAAUGGAGAAUGUUUCUCUUUGCAUCCCAACUUUUGAACAUCUUUCUGAAGUAAGAAAUGAAGCUUCCACUGAAGAACAAGAACCUGUGUCGGAGGAAAUUUCAAGACUUAGAAUGGCUGAAGGAGAAACAGAAACGGCAAAAUCUGAAAGUGAACAAGAUACUAUUUCAUCAGAGGAAGGAAAAAAUGGAUGUGAUGAAAAUUCAUUUGAAGCCUCAUCAGUAACAAAAAGUGAAGAAAGUAUAACAGUUUCACUUAAGACAAAUGAUGCCUGUCUUCCAGACCAGGAAAGUGGCUCAAAGGAAAUCAUCAGUGAUGAUUCAAUUAAGGAUGAAGACAAAGUGGAAAAAGAAAAACAAAUAGAACUUGUUCGUCAGGAAACAGAGUUGAAGCUGUGCCAAAAUUCAGAAAAUGUAGAUUCAUGUGAUCAGAUUAAAGAUCACAACUCUGGUGAAACUAAGCGUUCUUCUAAGAAUAUCAAAGCUUUGCGAUUAACAACAGGUGAUGAUGUUAGCAUUGAUCAAUUUUUGAGAAAAAGAGAUGGGUCUGAAUCUGUUAGUUCUGAUGUUAGUGAGCAAGGCAGUGUUCAUCUGGAACCUUUGACUCCAUCAGAAGUACUUGAGUAUCAAGCCUCAGAAAUCUUUCAAAAAGGUGGUGGUGAUUCUUCAGCCAAGCCUGAUGAAGUGUAACGUGUUAUCAAACAGCUGAUAUGCCUAGAGGAAAUAGCCUGAACACAACAGAGACAGCAGUAGACCUGGUAGAUGAAGAAGGAAGGAGUUGAAAUUAAUUUGUCAUCCUGAGUUUUAGUGUACUUGCGUUAAAACCUGGAACAGUGUAUCCAAUCCAAUGAGCUCAGUGGUGCGGUUGUAGAGUUCUGAAAUAAACACAUUUGAGGGAGGUCAUUCGUACACUUUACCUGUAUGUUCAACCUUGAUUACUAAAUAAGUCAGUUCAUCAGUAAUAGCACUAUUAUGUAUGGCUUUCUAAGAAGCUUUGUUUUAGAAAUGAGUAAGGUUUUAGUGAAAGUUGUAAGUUUGCAUUUGAAAAGUCAUUUUAGCAAUAGCAAUUGUCUUUUCAAGAACACAAUCCUUGGUUGCCAAUAUAAAUUGAAUUAUAAGUAUUAUACUUAAAAAGUUUUGAGACUUCCAUAAGUCCUAAGAUAAAAGCCUUUACCAAACUGUAUACCCUUUCCAAUUAAUUUGAAGAGAUUUGGAAGCCUACCUUAGGGGAAUGACUAAUUUAAAGUAAUGGAGGAUUGGCCUUGGUAACAGGCUUUCUGUUGAGUAGAAUGUGGUAUCCAGAGUUUGCUCGAGUGCUGCUUUGAUCUAAUGAGAACUUGGAGGAACAUAAACUUCAUUUUGGAUUUAGUACAACAUACCAGACUGUAUGAAACAUGUAAACAGAAUAUUUGAAUUGCUAUACCUCCAUACAAAUGUUAGCCUGCCAGGCUGUAAGCUUACCUUGAUUAAACUUUCAGUGAAAGUGAAAUUAUUAAAAUAUAAAUUUAUAUUUGUGCUUUUUUGUCAGUGUAUGCUGUGCAGAAAUCCCUUGAUGUAUCCAUUGUAUAAACCCAUUGUUGAAGCCCACUGUUAAAAUUCCGAUAACUAUUAUGCUUUUCACAUUGUUUUGAUGACCUUAAUUAAAAUAAACCCAUACAAUUGGUCUGGAAGCCACACCAAAGUUAAUAUAAUGUAAAAACUGUACAGCAGUAAACUGCAAACCUGUCCUGGCAUUUAUUCAGCCAUGUUUAAGUGACUUUUCUUUCCUUGUAAAACUGAAACGGGACCUAAAACAGUGAUGUAAACAUUGGUUUGGGGAAUUAAGCUUAAUUUAUCCAUAAGAUGGCUGCUAAAAUCAGUUGUACUUUAUCUUCUAGAAAAUAAUAGAGAAAUUAAUAAGGUGAAUGUAGUUUGCUUUGAAGUACUAAUUAACUUUUAUUUAAAGUUCUGCAUUUUUCUGAAAUACCUUUGCUUUUAAUCUUAAAUUUGUUUCAUUAAGUGUUUUAAACAGCUAUUAAAAUUCUUUUGUAAAUAGUUGAUUUUGAGUAAAUAUUUGCAAU